UUGAUUGCCACCGAAAUCUACUCCUUAAGUAUUGCAUUUUAGGUGCACCACUAUAAAUGCAAUUGUUGCAAAAUCAACCGCUUAGCUCGGUAUACCUUCACCACAAUGAAAAACCGUAUCUAUAUCAAGAACUUGGACUACUCCACUACAGAGGAGGAGCUUGAGGACCACCUCAAGGAUUUUGGCCCGUUCGUACCUUUGGGAUGGCGUUGGAACUCUACUAACUCCUACAAUUGAUGUGCUCAUCCCUUCACAUAUGGUAAGACUCUCGAACACCAGACGGAGGCACUUUGGCGUUGCCUAUGCCGAGUUUGCUGACCAGGACACUGUCGAUCGGGUGAUCAACGCCUGGAAUGGCAAGAAGCUACACGGAAGGGUUCUCUCUGUAAAGCAGCACAAGCCGGUGGUGUGUGCUAGACACUUAUCAUCUCAAGACCCACUAGAGCAGUCUAGAGACAAUGGUUUGGGUGCCACGCGAUCCCCACUGGAAGGCGACCUUCCUACUGUCUCUGGUGUUCCAAAGGAAAGCUGUUUUACCGCCUCGGAUGACACGAUUUUCAUUCCCAGGGCAUACCGCAAGGUCACGGAGAAUGAAAUCAGGGACUUCUUUGAUGGGUACAAUAUCAGGGCAACCCAUAUUGUCAGGCCCAAAACUAGCAGUAGAAGAAUUGGUUUCAGACCGUGGUUCGUAUCUAUAUUCGUCACCUUGGAGACCAAUUUUUCAUUAAGCGAAGUUAUCAAUUCUCUCAAGAAGAAGAGACUCUGUGGCAAUGCAGUUUAUUUGAAGCCUGCCUACCAAGAAAAAUAUGAUUCAAUCACUAGAAUCAAGCAGAGGGUAGUUAAAUAUGUCCACGAUAAAGUCGAUCCUAGUAGUGCUCAAACAACUGCCAUUGAAAGCUCCGAAAGCACUUCCACUGAUGUGCCUAUAGAAAACGCAGAUGGAGCUGGGGAAAAAGACUCCCCAUUACAGCCGGAAGUCCAGAGUGUGGAGGAAGUACAAAGAACGGCAGAGGCCGCUGUGGAAGAGGUGCAGGCUCAGGAAGUGGUUCUCAGGGAAGAGGUACAGGCACUAGAAGAAGUAUUCGCUAUGGAAGAGACACAGUCUUUGGAAGAAGUACGCACGGUGGAAACGACACAGUCUCUGGAAGAAGUUAUAGCUGUGGAUGAGGUACAGGUACUAGAAGAAUUAUUAGCUAUGGAAGAGGUACGGCCCCUGGAAGAAGUACGUGCUCUGGAAGAAGUAUUCUCUGUGGAUAAGGUACAGGUGCUAGAAGAAUUGUUGGCUAUGGAAGAGCCGCACCCUCUGGAAGAAGUUCUUAUUGUGAAAGCCUCAAAAGAGGUUACUCCUAUUGAAGCUCAUCUAGACACAGAAGAAACUUCCAACGCAUCCAAUACAAACGAAUAAUCAAGCUACCAUAUUAUUCCUAACUACUUCGAAAAUACUAGUUUUAUAUUUAUUAACACGACAACAAAAUACCCCAAUUUUCCUAUAAACUGUUAGAUCUAAUCGGAAGUCUUUUGAGUACCACGC